AUGUCUACGUCUCUCAAGUUAUUAAGUAGUUUGAAAUUAUUCGCCAAAAGUCCUCGUGCCAUCGACAGAAAAUUCAGCGUUUCAAGCAAGAAAAACAUGAGGUUGGUGCAGUUCACGUUGAAAUCGGGGGGCCCGCAGCAAUUGGGGGCACAGAUUGCCACAGAUGGGGAUAUUUUUCACUUAAGUUCAAUCGACUCCUCCAUCCCCAAUUCCAUGGUCAAAUUUUUGGAAGGGGGUGUACCUUUAUACGAAAAGGCGAAAAGGGUGGUAGCAGCAGGAAAAUCCCUAGUAUCACUUAAUGAAGUCAAUCUUUUGGCACCAGUACUUAAACCAAACAAAGUAGCGUGCGUUGGUCUAAAUUACAGUGGUCACUGCGAUGAGCAAAAUGUCCCAUACCCAAAGGAGCCAAUGAUAUUCAGUAAAUGGGCUUCCAGCAUAGUAGGACCCUAUGAUAAUGUCGUACUACCUUCUAUUUCAAGUAUGGUAGAUUGGGAAGUGGAAUUGGCUGUAAUCAUAGGCAAAAAAGCCAAAAACAUAAGACGCGACCAAGUCAACGAUUACAUUUUCGGAUACACCAUUGCGCAAGACAUAAGCGCUAGAGAUUGGCAAAAAUCCAGAAACAACGGACAAUUCUUGCUGGGCAAAACAAUGGACACCUUUUGCCCAUUGGGACCGGUGGUCGUGACCAAAAACAAGGUGGACCCCAACAAUUUGAAAAUCAAGUCGUGGGUGAACGGUAAACUUAAACAGGACGGAAAUACUUCCGAGUUGAUUUUUAAAGUCGAUUUUCUGGUCUCUUAUUUGUCAGAGAUUGUGACUUUAUACCCUGGAGACGUUUUACUUACUGGCACCCCUGCUGGAGUGGGGAUGCACAGGAAUCCCCCAGAGUUUUUGAAAAAAGGGGAUGUUCUUGAAAGUGAAAUUGAAGGUAUUGGAAAACUCAGGAAUGUUAUUGCAUAA